UUUAACGUAAACGAAUGAAUACAACACUGUUUUUCGGUUUGUUUUAUUUUUAUUCGACACAAGUAGAUGUUAUAAAUUGCUAGUAUUACUUUUAGUGUAACUAAAGGAUUCUCAAAAUCACUGUUCGAAAUUACUAUUGCUGAACACAAAUUCCACAGAUCCUUCCUCUACGACAGCUCAAACAAUACUAACACGAAAGCUCGCGUCCACUCAUAGUACAUAGCGAUACAUGCUCCAUACAAAAUUCUCUCUCAUAUACUCCCUCUCUAAUAAAUACAUAAGCCACCCAACCGCCAGAGAUAACAACCAAAAGUAUGCAGCAGCAGCAGCAGGCGCAGCAUCACGCGCGAAACAUAAGCAAAAACAAAACCCGGACCUACGCAAACAGCAAACCCGUUGCGGAUGAGCAUGGUCUGCCACCCCUCAUCCUUCACCACGUGGUCGCGUCGCGUCGUCCUUAGCGUCGUCGUCGGUCGGGAUUAUCAAACUCUCGCCAGAGAGGAGAAAACACACUCACGAAUCAAAGCAGCAAGCCAUGCCACGGCCACCCACCGCCGAGGUGAAGCUUUUUCUGUUGUGUAUUGGUGAGCAGCGCCACAUCUCAGAGCUUGCUUUGUUGUGUCGCUGAAAAUAUAUGCAACAGCAGCAGCAGCAGCAGCAACCAACACACAACAACUGCAUCCUGAGCUUUUGGCGAGGAGGGAUGCUUUCGUUUGGCUGUGUGUAUGAGUGAGUGCGCGCCAGAAAGGGAGGGAGAAAGCUUUGCAUGGCUGGCGAUGUUGCUCUUGGCUUGCUUUGCUUUGCUGUUCAUCAAUCUUGGUGCAUUCGCCGAGAGAUGGGGUAAAAAAAGGCGUUCCCUUGUUGCAGCAAACGUUGAUGAUGCUGGUGUUUAGUGUGUACAUGGACAAGCUUUUUCUCCUUUUACGGUGGAGGAGAAUGCAAUAGUACACUCACUCUCGGUGGAGGCUGUGACCGUGUGUUGCGUCUCUUUCCGUCGCAGGUUGCGCCCGAGCGCAGGGCGAAUGUAUUUUGUUUUUCCUUUUGUUGAUUAUUAUUUACUGUAUUUAUUUUCAUUUUUUUAAUAGUUUCUGUUUAUCUUUUGCAAUUGCUGUAGCGAGCGAGCGAGUUUCUCGGGUUUCUCCAUCUUUGCACCAAUUAGAGAAUACGACAACGCCCGUGCACGAUGCGGCCAGGCCAAGCCCGGGAUUCGUCUCAAGCCUUGCACGACGAAUCCGGAGCGCUCGGGUCUUGCCACUCUCCGCCUUAAGGGGGGUGUUUUUGAAUGUACAAAUUGUCUUUCGUUGCUGCUGCAUCUUGCACAAGAAAAUAACAACAACAGCAUAUUCCGAGGAGGAGCAGCAGCACCAGCACGGUUAAUACACAACAAAUAACCUAAACAGCAGUUCCGAUCGAAGACUUGCAACGGAAAGAUCCCUCCAAGCCGAUGCACUUUAGAGUGGCUGCCACCAGCGUUCUGGCAAUGUUACAAUAAAUCUCCAAAAGUUGAACCCAUCGUGCGUAAAAAAAGAAAAAGGAACCAAGUAUACGACCCGCAAAAAAAGAGACUCAAACGUGCUUUCCCCGUAACAAAAAAAAAAUCACCAUGAAUCCAUCAAACGAUAAUGGUUUAAACUUUUUCGAACCCGGUCCCAUCGGCGACGGCCAGCAACACCAGUGCCGUGACGUCGAUAUGAAUAAUAAUUGUGCAUGUGUGACAAACCAUGUUGACGGCGACGACACCGCGGCCAAGGACAUCAACGACGGGGGCGACAAACUCGUCUAUCACCUCCAACAAGUGGAACCACCGGAGCCGAUCGAUCCAUCCCGGCAGCUGCCAGCGCUAUUGAUCCGGCUGACCACCACCACCACGACCCGCAUUAGAGCGAGGAGGCGGAAAAUGAGGCAGAACCGCGUGGUCACCAUCGACAAGCUAAUCAGGCGAAUUAGUGCGCUUUCCAGGGUGGCAACGACGGGGACCGGAAACAGCGGCGCCGCGAUUGGACUGGCAAGCGAGGAAAUGUCCUCGCGGUUACGAUUAACAGGGGCUAGUAAAGCUGUGCAGGAUAGAAGGAUUUUAAGGAUUUAAGUUUAAUGUAAAGGACCAUUUGUAUAUAUUAUGCUAAAUUGUAUCACCAAGUUAAAUUUACUGAUUAGAAACAAUUAAAGAACAUUAAACUUUG